AUGCGGUCUGGCUUUACGAAGGCCGAUGUGUUCAACCCCAAGAAGCGUAAGCGCGUAGAUAAUGACGACGCCAGUUCUAGCAAGAGUAAGAAGACAACCAAAGCCACCAAGUCUCAGCCUGCACUCGAAACGGAACCCCUGCCUCCCUGGGAACCUACCGGCCUGUUUCCCUUCCUCGACCUGCCUCGCGAACUCCAAGCACGUGAUUUGGCCCGCCACUUCGACAUCCCAUUCCACUUCGACGGCGGAUGGAAUCCACCCUUCCCUCCUCUCUACGAGGGCACGUUAUGGGGCAAGUACCAGGUUCUUGAGCAUGACUGGGAUAUUGAGCAGAUCCAGCGGCUUGUCAUGAUGUUCGAUCUUACGAGGGCGAAAGCAUAUAUUUAUGACCAUACAUAUCGGCACUUCUUCAAUCCGCUAGAGCAUUGCGUGCCAAUCUACGGGGUAAAGGAGCCGCCCUUGACGAUGAAACGUGCUAGCUACCGCGCUCUGCACUACAUGCCGAAGCUCAAGGAGCUGCACGUGUUGUUCUAUUACUAUGAAGAAGUAACUUACAGCCCGCUGCGGGAGUUCUUCAAAGGUAUGUCCACCGAGGCGCCGAGGGAGCUCGUGGCCAUGAUGAAGUCCUUGAUCACUGCUGCUCCGAAGUCAACGACGAUUAGGUGGGGCGCUACUGAGAAGGAGCUGGACGAUAUCGUGCCUCAUACAAGCAAUGUUGCAAAACGGGAUUAUGUGGGAGAGGAGGUGUCGAAGGCUCUGGCGGAUGGGUUCGAGGCGUUGGAGAGGACGGACCCUGAUGUCUUUCCUAAAGGCUGUGGGUUUGGACAUAAUGAGUCGGAGUUUGUAGGCGAGAGCGAGGACGAGAAGUAUUCAUCAAGGGUCGCGGAGCCUGUGACGACUCGUGUUCUGAGGUCUAGGAAGAGCACACAAGGUUGAGACGAUUCUGGCACGAAGAGACUGCUGAGAGGAACCUCAUGGUAUGAGGACUAGGAUCAAGUCUCCAUACUUCCUUUUUUUCUAGCGGCAUAAUGGUCUCUUUUAGGUGCCAGAGAGAAGAUUGCCUUUAGAGAUUGGGUUUCUGCGGCAUUGUCCCAGGUUUUGUCAUACUGUCAACUCCAGGCUCCUGCAGCUUUCGUCAGUUUCAUUCAAAGAUCCUUGUGUUUGUGGGGCCUCCGCCUCUCUAUCUAGAAUCAAUGUUCUCGAGUUUGUAGGCUGAGUGUACAAUUUUGCCAAAUUAAGG